AAAGUGCAGUGAAGAGUGGAGGAGAGGAGGCAGAAGACUGAAUUCAAUUCAAGAAUUUCAAUGCCCUGUAUCUGAUGAACCCUAACCCCGUUAUUUUCUUCACAGCGAUAAAUUUGCACGCAAAACGGAGCGAAAGAUUGCGGAAUUUGAUUGGAGUUUGUGAUUGAGUUCAAGGAUGUCUGAUAUUAGGAAGUGGUUUAUGAAACAACAUGACAAGAACAACGGCAAUGCAUCAAAGACGGCGAAGCCUGCAACACCGGAGAAGCCUAAGCCUUCACCCUCCACUCCGGAUAAGGAGAAGCUGGCACAUGCAGGUCAAGAAAGUUCGGACCGAAGGAAAACUAGCAAGUAUUUUGCCACAGAAAAACAAAAGCCAAAAGAUGAAAAGGAAGUGGAGGAACCUGCAUCAAAAAGAAAGGCCCGGAAGGCUGAUGAGGAGUUAUCCAGUGAUGUGAAACUGCCACCUCCUAAGAAACUUCACAAGGUUGGUCAGGAUGAUGAAGAUGAUGACUUUGUUCUGGCUAGUUCAAGGAAGGAUUUAGUUGGUGACAUCCCAAGCAAGAAAAGAAAUAGUGGUGGGGUUGCCAAGAAAUGUGUGGAUAUUGAUGAAACUGACGAUGAUGAUAUUGAUAACAAAUCUCAUCUUAAAUCUGCUGGAAGGGGUCGUGGAGGAAGGGGUGUGACAAGAGGACAUGUUGGUGCCAAGGGCAUGGAUGUUGAUGAAAGUGAUGGAGAUGAUGACAAGGAUGUCAAAUCUCCUCUUAAAGCCAGUGGACGGGGUCGUGGUGGAAGAGGUGCAUCAGCAGCGUCAUUUGGUGGAAGAGGCAGGGGAGGACGAGGUGGCUUCAUGAAUUUUGGUGAAAGGAAGGAUCCUCCGCACAAAGGAGAAAAGGAAGUCCCUGAGGGGGAUCCUAACUGCUUAACUGGUUUGACAUUUGUAAUCAGUGGAACACUUGACAGUUUGGAAAGAGAAGAAGCAGAAGAUUUGAUUAAACGUCAUGGAGGUCGUGUUACUGGAUCUGUCAGCAAAAAGACGAAUUAUCUCUUAUGUGAUGAGGAUAUUGGAGGCCGCAAAUCCUUGAAAGCCCAAGAGCUGGGUACUGCCUUUCUUACCGAGGAUGGGUUGUUUGAUAUGAUUCGGGCAUCAAAUCGAGGAAAAGCUGCUGCAAAACAAGAAUCAAAGACACCUGUGAGCAAGCAGGUUACUUCUUCGCCUAAGAAGAGCCCCCAAAAAGGACAACAAAAGAAGGAACAAGUAGGCUCUUCAACCAGAAGUAUAACUCCAAAAGUUUUGACUUCUGGGGGUGCCUCUGCAAAGAAGACUGAUCAAUCUUGGUUGCCAUGGACAGAAAAAUAUAGACCAAAGGUUCCAAAUGACAUCAUAGGGAAUCAGUCACUGGUGAAACAGCUUCAUGAUUGGUUGGUGCACUGGGAUGAGCAGUUCCUGCAUACUGACAGCAAAGGAAAGGGCAAAAAGCAAAGUGAUUCUGGUGCUAAAAAAGCUGUACUAUUAAGUGGCACGCCUGGUAUAGGGAAGACUACUUCAGCAAAGGUGGUCUGUCAGAUGCUUGGUUUCCAGACAAUUGAGGUUAAUGCUAGUGAUAAUCGGGGGAAGGCUGAUUCCAAAAUAGAAAAAGGAAUAGGUGGAAGUACUGCAAAUUCAGUAAAGGAACUUGUUUCAAAUGAAGCCCUGAAUGCUAAUAUGGAUCGCUCGAAGCAUCCCAAGACUGUGCUCAUAAUGGAUGAGGUUGAUGGCAUGUCUGCUGGAGAUAGAGGUGGUGUAGCUGAUCUAAUUUCCAGCAUCAAAAUUUCCAAAAUUCCUAUCAUCUGUAUUUGUAAUGACCGUUACAGUCAGAAGCUAAAGAGUCUUGUUAACUACUGUUUGCUUCUGAGCUUUCGGAAGCCAACAAAGCAACAGAUGGCAAAGAGGCUUUUGCAAGUUGCAAUUGCAGAAGGACUUCAAGUUAAUGAGAUUGCACUUGAAGAGCUUGCAGAAAGAGUCAAUGGAGACAUGCGAAUGGCCCUGAACCAGUUGCAGUAUAUGAGCCUCUCCAUGUCAGUCAUAAAAUAUGAUGACAUUAGAAAACGUCUUCUUAGCAGUGCAAAGGAUGAAGAUAUUUCACCAUUCACGGCUGUUGAUAAGCUCUUUGGCUUUAAUGCAAGUAAAUUGCGGAUGGAUGAGCGGAUUGACCUGAGCAUGAGUGAUCCUGACCUAGUUCCUUUAAUCAUUCAGGAAAACUAUCUGAAUUAUAAGCCAAGUUCAGUUGGCAAAGAUGAUAAUGAGAUGAAAAGGAUGAACUUGAUUACUCGUGCUGCAGAGUCUAUUGCAGAUGGGGAUAUCAUUAAUGUACAGAUUCGAAGAUACCGGCAGUGGCAGCUCUCUCAAACUGGAACUUUAUCAUCCUGUAUUAUUCCCUCUGCUUUGUUACAUGGUCAAAGGGUGACACUUGAACAGGGAGAACGUAAUUUCAAUAGAUUUGGUGGGUGGUUAGGAAAGAACUCAACAAUGGGGAAAAAUUUGAGACUUUUGGAGGAUCUGCAUGUUCAUCUUCUUGCAUCUCGUGAAUCUACUUUGGGGAGGACAACUUUGCGGGUUGAUUACCUUACUCUUUUGCUGAAACAGUUGACUGAUCCGCUCCGAAUGCUUCGUAAGGAUGAAGCUGUGGAGAAGGUUGUGGAGUUCAUGGAUUCCUACUGUAUAAGCCAGGGUGAUUUUGAUACCAUUGUGGAGAUAUCAAAAUUUCAGGGGCACCCAAAUCCGCUAGAUGGCAUACCAGCAACUGUCAAAGCUGCAUUUACGAAGGCAUACAAUAAAGGAAGCAGCUCACGUGUGGUUAGGUCUGCAGAUUUAAUUAACCUUCCUGGAAUUAAAAAGGCACCUAAAAAGAGAAUUGCGGCAAUGCUAGAACCAGUGGACGAUGGAUUAGCAGAGGAGAAUGGUGAUGCAUCGGCUGAACAUGAAGAAGAGAACUCUUCAGACACAGAGGAAAUAGGUGAUACUGCCAAAGGCGAGAAAAAGCCACAGAUGGAUCUACAGUCUCUUAAUUCAAAAGCAAUCCAAGUACACAUGGACUUGAAGGAUGCUGGAAACACAAGUGCCAAGAAGGCCCCAUCAGGCAGAGGUAAAGGUGGAGGUUCUUCUGAAGGCAAAGAUAAGAAAGGUGGAAGAGGAUCUGGGGGUGCUGCCAAGAGAAAGAGAUGAGUGGUGCGUUAUAUUUUAUAGAGGGCUUUCCAAGAUUUUGUGCUUCUUAGUAUAAAUAGUAAGCCUGUGUUUUGUUGCCUUCUCUUGUAUUUUCUAUGAAAUGGAAGGAAGAUAAUCUUCAAGAAUAGUCUUCUUACUGAGAUGGGGUUUGGACGACGAGAUAACCCCACCCAGAAGAUGCCCAAACAAACUUUUUAACUUUUUCAAUCAUCUUGUUUUAUUAUCUUUUUUGGUUA